UUCCAAGGUUAUUCUACCUACCAAUUCAAUCACUUGUUCAAAAUUUCCUUCUCUUAUUUUAUCUCCUCUAUCCAAGGAAAAUAUGGAUUCACUUUGUGCAACGUCUUCUACCCACAGUAGAAAAAAAAACCACCUAGCCAAAUACCAUCGUCAAGAAAUUUUUCAAGCUCUCUGGUUGCAAAGUGAGAGGGGAAAAUUGAAAGGCGAUUUUGUAAGGGGAGUUGCUGCGCGAUAUUCUGUCAGUGAAAGAACGAUUCAUAGGAUUUGGGAGCAAGGAACAGCUUGCAUUCACAACAGAAUGGUAGUUGAUGUGUCUUCUAAUUUGUUGGGCAGAGUUGGCCGCAAGCGAGUUGAUAUCAACUUCAACAAAGUCGCUGAAGUUCGUAAGAGUCAAAGAACAAAUAUCCACUCGCUGUCAAAUGCCAUAAAGGUUUCAAAGUCUACACUUCAUAGGCGGAUCAAAGAAGGUGCAUUAAGGCCACAUUCCAACCCAUUGAAGCCUCAUAUAUCGGAAGAAAUUAAAAGAGCAAGGUUACGAUUUUGCUUGUCAAUGCUUGAGCCAAGCACUCUUGAUACCGAACCGAUAUUUAAAAGUAUGUACGAUUGUGUGCAUAUUGAUGAAAAAUGGUUCUACAUGACCAAAGAAUCAGAGAAAUAUUACUUGCUUCCCGAAGAAGAAGAGCCGUAUCGUACUUGCAAGAGCAAACAGUUCAUUACGAAAGUCAUGUUUAUGGCAGCAGUAGCUCGGCCACGUUUUGAUGCAGAUGGAAAUGAAGAAUUUUCGGGAAAGAUUGGGAUUUUCCCAUUCACGUACAAAGAACCAGCCAAAAGAAAUAGCAAAAAUCGUGCCGCUGGUACAUUGGAGACAAGGGUGGUUACAUCGGUGAUGAAAGAUGUUAUUCACUCAUGUUUGAUUGAAAAGGUUUUGCCCGCUAUUUGUUCUAAAUGGCCACGUUGUAGUGCAACAAAGACCAUAUAUAUUCAACAAGAUAAUGCAAAACCACACAUUCAAGGAUUUGAUGCUGAAUUUCUUGAAGCUGCAAGCCAAGAAGGAUUUGACAUUUGCUUAUCGUUUCAACCUCCCCAAAGGCCGGACAUGAAUAUUUUGGAUCUAGGAUUUUUAGGGGCGAUCCAAUCAUUGCAAUAUCAAGAAGCCCCGACAACCAUUGAUGCGCUUGUUUACGCCGUGGAGAAAUCAUUUGACAAAUAUCCAUCCGAAAAACUCAAUUGGGUGUUUUUGACCUUGCAAACUUGCAUGAUUGAGGUAAUGAAGGCUUAUGGAGGUAACAAUUACAAAUUGCCACACAUGGGAAAACUUCGUCUCUUGAGAGAAGAUGGCACUCUUCCUUCUCAACUUCAAUGCGAUCAAACUAUUGUAGAAAAUGCACUAGUUCAUCUACAAGGAUAAGUUUCUAUGAAGGUCAGGUCAAUCUCCGCAAAGCUUCGGUAAAUGUUUUUGCAAACUUCUUCAGUUGGAGAGUUGCUUGAUUGGCAUUGUUCAAGUAAUGUAGUUUUGGGAAUUAAUGUUGAAAGGCAGUGUAUGUAAAGAAAGUGUAAAUGCACGUGUUGUGAUCUUCCUCAUUUUGUUUUUUGUAAUUGCUCUACUGAUGUAAAUGUGUGCUUAAGUGAACACGUGAUGAAGUUGGCUUUUGUGAAUGAAUUGUACUAAAGUUUCUUUCUGCCUUUUUUUAAGAAUAAUUUGAAUAGUUAGAGAUGAGGGCAAAAUGGGAAGAUCAAGUGUUUUCAUGCUUUUACUUUUGAAAAUGGACAUCCAUUUUGGGACGGAAAAAAGCGUAAAAAAUGACAUCCAUUAUGGGACGGAGGGAGUAU